AUGAGGGGCCGGAUCCCGCCCGCGCUCUGCCUGGCCGUGGCCCUGGCUGCGCUGCUGCCCGCGGCCUGCGCCCGCCGGAGCCAGGACCUGCACUGCGGAGCCUGUCGGGCACUGGUGGAUGAGCUGGAGUGGGAGAUCGCCCAGGUCGACCCCAGGAAAACCAUCCAGAUGGGCUCCUUCCGGAUCAACCCCGACGGCAGCCAGUCGGUCGUGGAGGUGCCCUACGCCCGCUCAGAGGCACAUCUGACAGAGCUGCUGGAGCGGGUGUGCGAGAAGAUGAAGGAAUACGGUGAAAAAGUGGAUCCGUCCACACACCGUAAGAGUUACAUCCGGGUGAUCUCCCAUGACGGGACCAAGAUGGACCUCUCCGGGGUCAAAAUUGAUGGAGACGUGGCUUCUAGCCUGAAGUUCGCGUGUGAGAGCAUCGCCGAGGAGUAUGAGGACGAACUCAUCGAAUUCCUCUCCCACGAGGCUGACAACGUCAAGGACCGGCUCUGCAGCAAGCGGACGGACCUGUGUGACCACGCGCUCCACAUCCCGCACGACGAGCUGUGACGCAGACGGCCCCGGCUGCCUCCGGAGGACGAUGCCAACCUGUCCCGGCAGCCUCACGGGACCAGGACGGCGCCGGGCUCUUGUCCGGACAUCCCCUACCUCUUGGUUCACCUCGUCCCCGCUGACCCCGCCGGGACGGGCAGACGUACUGGGGAAGACGCGGCUCUGGAGCUGGUGCAGACGCCGUCUCACCCAGUCUGGUGCUCUUGUCCUAUUUAUUCACGGUCCAUCCACUGCAGCCGCGGUGCAACCGGGACGCUGGCCUUGCUUCCCCACGGGGCAGCUGUGGGGGCCAGGGCUGCGUCCUUGCUCCUGCCGGGACGUUUCAGCAGGCAGCCAUCCAGGGACCUUCCUCCGCCGCUGCCGGGGGAUGCGGUGGGGU